GCUGUUCGCAUACGGAAGAUUUUUCCGUUUCAAUUUUGUAACAUAGUUUUGGACGAGUGAUUAGUUAUAACUUAAAUUAACAAUGAAAUAUCCAACAAAUUAUUUAAAAUUAUUAAACUUUAGACUGCGCCAACAUUCCCACAUCACCAGAAAACUAAUACACACAACAAGCACAGAUACACCACAACUGGAAGUGAAAUUCUCAAAUGGCCGCAACCUUAUUAUGACUGCUGGAAAGUAUGCACGUUUUGCCAAUGCCACUGCUGUCUGUGAGAUGGGUGAUACCGCCGUUAUGGUCACCGCAGUUGCCAAAACAAAGCCAACACCAGGCACCAAUUUUACACCCUUGGUGGUAGACUACCGUUUGAAAACGGCUGCUUCUGGACGUAUACCCACCAACUUUCUAAGACGUGAAAUGGGUCCAUCAGAAAAAGAGAUUUUGUCGGCUCGUUUAAUAGAUCGUUCCUUGAGACCUUUGUUCCCAGCUGAAUAUAGAACAGAAACACAAUUGGUGUGUAAUAUGCUGGCUCUGGAUUCAGUAUAUUCACCAGAUGUUUUGGCCCUAAAUGCCUCCUCGCUAGCCUUAAGUUUAAGUGAUAUACCAUGGAAUGGCCCCAUAGGUGCUGUAAGAUUAGGUCUUUGUGAUGGUGAAAUUAUAGUCAAUCCCACCCGGCGCGAACUACAAUCCUCCCAAUUAGAUUUGGUGGUAUCAGCUACAAAACAAAACUUGGUUGUAAUGUUAGAGGGUAAAGGUAAUGUGGUGCUUCAACAAGAUCUUCUGAAAGCCAUUAAGCAAGGUACACGCGAAGCCCAAGUUAUAGUACAGGAAAUUGAGCGCCUGCAAAGAACCUAUGGCAAAGAGAAACGACCAUUAGAAUCGAUUAUGACGGUCGGUGAGGAAAUUGCUGCAGCUGUACGUAGCAUGAGUGAAAUGCGUUUACGGGAGAUAUUUCAAGAUGCCAAACACGAUAAAAUAUCACGUGAUGUGGCUGUAAACGAAGUGCGUUCCAAUGUCAUCGAUAAAGUAUGGUCAAGUUAUCCGGAUACCGAACCGGCUCUAAUAACUGAAGAAUUUAAUCGUUUGUGCAAAUCAAUAUUUAGAGAAUUGGUGUUUGAGACUCAAUUGAGAUGUGAUGGAAGGGAUUAUGACAGUUUAAGAAAUAUAAGCUGCCAGGUGGAUUUGUAUAAGCCUUUGCAUGGCUCGGCUCUAUUUCAAAGAGGCCAAACUCAAGUAUUUUGUACAGUAGCAUUAGAUUCUCAAGAGUCGGCCAUGAAGUUGGACACACUGUCAGCUUUGGAAAGUGGCAUUAAGGCGAAAAAUUUCAUGCUACAUUACGAAUUCCCUCCUUAUGCCACCGGCGAAGUUGGUCGUGUGGGCGGCGUUGGCCGGAGAGAACUUGGCCAUGGUGCAUUGGCAGAAAAAGCGCUUGUUCCUACCUUACCCAAUGAUUUUCCCUUUACCGUAAGACUGACUUCCGAAGUUCUCGAAUCGAAUGGCUCCUCUUCUAUGGCUACUGUAUGCGGUGGAUCUCUGGCUCUUAUGGAUGCUGGAGUGCCGGUAUCAGCGCCUGCUGCUGGUGUAGCCAUUGGUCUAGUAACCAAAUAUGAGAACAAUGAUACAAAACAUAUGCAAGAUUAUCGCAUUUUAACCGACAUAUUGGGCAUUGAGGAUUACAUGGGUGAUAUGGAUAUGAAGGUGGCAGGAACGCGCAAAGGUUUCACUGCCAUACAAGCUGAUUUGAAAAUUCCUGGUAUACCCCUCAAGGUUGUUAUGGAGGCCUUACAAAAAGCCACCGAUGCCAAAACGAAAAUACUAGAUAUCAUGGCAGAGGCAAUACGUGAACCAAGAAAAGUCAAAAAGGAGUGUUGGCCUGUAACGGAACGCAUAACAGUGGAACCUCAACAACGAGGUCAAGUUAUUGGUGCAGGUGGUAUAAAUUUAAAGAAAUUGUAUAUAGAAACUGGCUGUACAGCAACCACCGAGGAUGAAACCACGUUCACUUUGUUUGCACCCUCACAAUCGGCCAUGCAUGAGGCCAAAGAAAUGAUUGAUACGUUCCUGGUGCCCAAGGAGAGAAUACCUGAUUUGGAAUUUGGUGGCAUUUAUACAGCAAAAAUAACGGAACUACGAGAUACUGGGGUUAUGGUCAUUCUAUAUAAUGGCAUGCCACCAGCCUUGUUGCAUAAUUCGCAAUUGGAUCAGAGAAAGGUCGCCCAUCCAUCUGCUUUGGGACUAGAAGUGGGUCAAGAAAUACAAGUGAAAUAUUUUGGCCGUGAUCCUGUGUCAGGUUUUAUGCGUCUAUCCCGCAAAGUAUUGCAACCCACAGUUAGCAUAGUGCGUUCCCUUAAUAAAACCAAUCCCAGCGAAGAACAAAAUGAAAACCCGUCAUCCUCAUAGUAAAGAACUUCUGUUGAAUUUCAACACAAACAAAGCGAAAUAACUACCUAUCUAAUUAUUGUUAAUUUAAGUAUAUUUAAUAGUUGUUUUUGUUAUAAAGUAUUUUUGCUCUAAAACCCUGAAGAUUACAUUAUUCUUCAUAAAAAAAUGUAUAAACUACAUAAAUUCUAAAAGGAAGCUAUUAAGAAAACAUGUCAUAAGUUCGAAUUUUACUUCUCUUGAAUCAUAAAAAAUGUCUGCCAUUAGUUAAACCC